AUGGUGCAGGCCCAGGAGUGUCCAGCUGGAUAUGAGAAGUCAGCCACGAUCAACUGGGCCAGUUGCGGAAUCGCAAAGUCUACACUUCAAUGUGCUACGCUCGACGUGCCCAGAGACUGGACAGAUCCCGCUAGCGUGAAGAUGAAAUUGCGUCUGAUCCGCCAGCCAGCUGCUGAAGGCACAGAAAACCCCAAGUCAAUCAUCAUGAACCCCGGCGGACCUGGAGCCAGCGGUAUCAACAUGGUUAGGGGAGGCGGCUCUGUGUAUCAGCAAAUUGUUGGAAAUAACUUCCAUCUCGUCGGAUUCGAUCCUCGGGGCGUCGGCCAGUCGGAGUUAUACAAGUGCCCUCAACUCGACCAAGCCGAUGGCACUAACUCGUAUUUUACGGAUGAAGGCCUUGCCACCGCUUUGAACUAUACACGCGCUCAGGCAGCAGAAUGCGCCAAAGAACAGUAUAGAUCAGACCUUGUUGGUACGGCCUUUACAGCUCGCGAUAUCAACGCCAUCGCCGAGGCUCUCGGAGAAGAUGGCUUGAUCAGAUACUGGGGUUUCUCUUACGGAACGCUGUUGGGAGCAACCGUGGCUGCCAUGUUUCCCACCAAAGUCGAUCGAGUCAUUUUGGACGGCAAUAUCAACCCCACAGACUACUAUCGCGGAUUGGGUGACGAGAGUUCUGCUGACUUGGACAAGGGAGUGAAGCACUUCUUUGAACAAUGCGCAGAGGCAGGCCAACCCCUCUGUGCUGUAGCCGAAGCUGGCAAAACCGGAGCCCAACUUCAGCAGAAGUUUGACGAUUUCUUGAAGAGUAUUACCAUAGAACAGAGUUACGAAAUCCGUCAAGAGCUACACACGACUCUUUAUUUCAAAGAGGCCGACGCGUUCAAGAAGUACGCCACCGCUCUUUCUAAGUGGUACACGACGCCGCCAGCCGUCCAGAAACGUGCUUUGGACUGGGAUCCCACUUUCGACGAAGAGGCAGCUGCAUGGAAAUCUGCAACUUCGCUCGUUGCCAUUACUUGCGGCGAUGUGGUUGAGAGAUUCUCUGCCUCUGAGAAGAACUUCAAGGAUUGGCUGGCAGUAUACUCCUCAACAGGCAAGUAUGCGAGCAAGUAUGGAGCUGAUAUAUCCAUCCGUGGUCUUUACCAAUGCUCUACUUGGACUGUAAAUGCAAAGGAAAGGUUCCAAAAACCAUUCGUUGGCAUUGCCACCAGGUCCCCAAUUCUCUUCGUCCAGACUCAAUAUGACCCGGUCACACCUCUCAUCUCAGCGCAGAAUGCGGCUCUCGCCUUUAACGGAGCCCGUGUUCUACAGUCUACUGGAGUAGGACAUUGCUCCACUGCCAAUGAGUCCCCCGAGUUGAACGAGGCGAUCAAGACUUAUUUGAACGAAGGCAAAUUCCCAGAUGAUAAGAAUAUUAUUUAUACGCCAACAGUCAAGAAUGUCUUUUCUGAAGUCAACAAGCGAUCGGUUGAUGGUCCGUUCGUUGAUGCAACCUUUGAGGAAGCCCCCUUCUUCAACAAAGAACAUCUUGAGAUUAAGCGGGCCGAUGCGGCCGUUAUUCCAGCAGGAUGUACCAAGAUUGCCGCUUCUUCAACUUCAGGCACGGCAUCAAGCUCCACGGCUGUUGUUUCGCCCUCAUCUCCAGCCUCAGACAUAUCCUCAAGCUCCACGGCAAUUGUCUCACCAUUAUCUGUUCCCUCAGUCGCAUCAGCAAGCUCCACAACCAUUGCCUUACUGCCGCCUUCUGCUGCAGCCUCAUCAACCUCGUCAACAGCCAUUGCAUCACAUGUGUUGGGAGAUAAUUCAGCUCCAUCGUCCGCAACUGCUUCGUCAAGUGAACACGCUUCCGCAUCUGUGUCGGGGCACGUAUCAGCACAAGCAGACGCCUCGUCGGCCACGUCAGCCACGUCAGCCACGUCCGCAACGUCCGCAGUGGUCCCUGCUCUUGACUCGCAAUCGUCAACUGCAUCUGCAUCCGCUCUUAACGUGCCUGGAACUGGGCCAGCAUCUGCUUCAUCGCUUGCAUCAGUCGCUUCAGCUGCAUCUUCACAGGCAACAACUUCUCAGCCAGCAUCGCCCGCGUCCUUCACACCACCUGUGAAUGAUUCCUCGAACCUUCCUAUUGCAUCUUCGUCGUCAGUCAAAAUCUCUGCGGACAAAGACAUCAGCUCGCCGAAUGCAACCCCCACCUCGGUAUCAUCAAAAGAUGGCAAGGACUCAGGCCCGAAUGCUUCAUCUAAGCCAUCUUCUGAUGACAACAACGGAGGAAUUUCCGCAUCGUACAAGACCAAUGGUAAUGGUGACUCCCAAGCUACCACUGCUGCCUUCUCAGCCGAGACUUGGGCUUCACAAUCCGGAUUUGUUCCAGUUACUAGAACCUCAACCAUCACAGCGGUUCAGACUAUAACUCAAUGUCCUAGGAGCGUGUCCUGCCCACUGAACUCAGCUACUCCAAGUGCUGUGAUCACGAAAGUAAAGACUAUCACUGGAACUUAUGCUGUACCUUUGACAACCGUUUUUGUCACCAAAGUCGUCGAUGUCUGCCCGACCGGCUUGACCACGAAAACGCUUACCGUCACUGAGACAUGCAAGGCUGGUUGUACUGCGCGCCCAACUGGUAUUCGUCAAGGCUGGACUACUACUGUAAAGUACUGUGACGCCUGCGCUACACCGUCAGCGGUGACCGUUACUUAUUGCAAUUCAUGCAAUAAGAAGCCAUCUUCUGCACCGGGUGUUAAGAACACACCGGAAACACGUCCACACAAGCCUGCAAGCACAUCUGUCGUCACUACCAAACCUGCCAACAAACCUACCGUCUGUACGAAGCUUACCAGCACACCAGCCAUCCCCACGCAAUAUGUCUCGAUCCCGGUCAAUAGAUCGCAGCCUGUGACUAAGCCCACGGGUGGUGCAUCCUCAGUCCCGACCAAUAAGGUGCAAAUUGCUGGGGCUGCCGCCCUUGGAAAUGCAGAGUUGCUACUCACCAUGUCUGCUGCUCUCGCAGGAGUUUUCUUCUUGUUGUAA